AUGUCGAACGAUCGCACCUCUCCCAUCUCUGUUCCCAACCCAGAGAACCGCCAUCGCCGGGGCUCCAUCGCUGAUAUCUUCUCCAAGUCAAGCAAUACCAACCAGGCCAGCCAGAGCAACCAGGCUAACCAACGCCGGCUGUCCAUCAGCACAUUGGGGCUCUCAGGAUCUCCCACCCAAACAGCCUUUGGGAACCAGAACUUCCGCCGGGGCAGCAUCUCGAGCUCGCUCGGUUCCGUUCCCAAUACCGACGACGCGAUUGCGGAGGAUGCAGAGGAAUCCCCCAACUCGCAAUUUGCGAGACGGGUCUCCUUUGGUGCACAGGCACUACGUGAUGCACGUGGAAGCACAGGCAAUGGCGAAGGCUUCAACUGGUCCGAGGCCCUCCGGUCCCGUGCCGAACGAGCUCCCUCGCUCGGUGCCCCGGUCUCCCCACAGGCUCAACAGCGCCAGUCCGGCUACCACCAGCGUGCCGCGUCCAUUGCUUCGAUGGAGCAACCCGGUCGGGAAAUGCCCAGACAGGCCAAGCAGAACAAGCCCGACUUCUUCCAGGAGAAGAUCCUCAGGGGCGACUUUAUGGACUAA